GAGCCGUCCCGCAUACGCACGGAAGCCAAGCUUUUGCCAGGCCUGCAAGGCCUAGUCAAGAAACGGGGCCAUUGCAGCCGUGGCUGGUGGUGUUAACUAUUUGGCGGCGGCGAUGACAAUUUGACUGCCAUUCUUCGCUAGUUUCUUAUCCUAUCAAAUGGCGGGCUUGAGGAUUUGCUAUCUAUUGACAAUAACGGCUAAUGAUUGCCCUCGCAGACGAUUCGUCCUUGAUUGAAAAGCAGCUGUAGAUAUUGUCUGCAUUUCCCAGCAAAAUGCCGCAGUAUACUGAUUUAGUUGUUGUGUGCUGUCACGCCAUCUUCCUUGGGGAUAUUCAGUCCCGGGAGUGUGAUGUGUUUUCAGCAUCGCAAUGGUACCUUCAAUCGUUUCAAAAGCCAACAGGCACCAAACCUGGUGAACACGAGACUUUCAUACAGCACAUUAAGGCUGGUCUGGAUGCUCUAGUCUAUGGCGCCAUCAAAGAUACCGGCUUGCUUGUCUUCUCUGGUGGCGCAACUGCCCGUUCCGUGACCUCUUUAAGCGAAGCUCAGAGCUACUUCAACGCCGUCGUUGCCUUGAGCAAAUCUUCAAACCUAGAUCAAUCAUACGCACAGUGUUUGAAGUCAAGGGUCUUGCUCGAAGAAAACGCAACGGACAGUUACCAAAAUCUGCUCUUCUCAAUUCUGCGCUUUAGAAGAGCAACGGGAACAUAUCCCAAAACUAUCAGAAUCAUCACGCAUGCUUUCAAGACAGAGAGAUUUCUGAUGGCACAUGCCAAAGCCCUUCGUUGGCCGGAGGAUCGAAUCCGGAUCCAGGGCAUCGAUCCAGUCAUGUCUGCUACCGAACACGUGGAAACCGUGACUGGAGAGAGAAUGCGGGGCUUGACCCCGUGGACGCAGGAUAUGUACGGCACGCGUGCGCCUCUGAGUGUCAAGCGCGCACAGCGGGGGUGGCAGGAUUCUCGUCUCGAGGACGUGGGCGACGAGUUAGGAGGGGAAAUGUGGGAGUUGCUUAGAUAUGAUGGCGGCGAGGAUGGGCAGAUGAUUUACAAGGGCCCCUUGCCGUGGAGCACGCGACUAGAAUAGCUACAUAUCAAAUCGCAUAUCAAAUCGGUAG